CCUGUUUCCACACUGUAUCACUCUGUGACUAUGUGACAUACUGAGUCUGCGCACUCUUCUGGGGAAGUGGAGGGGUAGAUGUGCUUUCUUCAUCAUUGUGUCUUUCUGUUGCAGGUUUGUGAAGGUCCACAUGUGCCAUGCCCGUCCCGGCCAGACUGAGCUGGACGACCCCUCCAUUGAGGCCGUAGCGGUGACCCGCGCCACGCACGGGGGAGGUGACUCCGUCCACGACGCCAGCCCCUUCUGGCCCACGCCAACUGCGGGCAAAAUGAGAAGGCUCGUUGCCCGACCUCCACCGUGGCAGAAAGGUCGCCCCGAUGACACGAAGCCCAAGGGCAGGAGGUCGCGAUCAGGCAGAAACACCAGGCACGGUGCCAGCGGCAGUCGGCACGCACCCGCCAUGGUGGCGUGCGAAGGUGGUCGCCGCGGGCAGGAGGGCGAGCGGGUGCGGCUGGCGAGGCUGCCGUUGGCGGCGGCUGACCCGGGCGGCGGGAGACCCUGGAGGGCCGAGAUCUUCAUCGGAGAGCAGCAGGAGCGAUGGCGAUGUCUGAAAGACCGUCUCGAACUGAAGACCGACGAGGAAAUGGCCAAAGUCCUACUGGAUGUGUUUAUAGAAAAUCAAAUGGAUCUGCCCGGGCCAAGCUGUACCUUCCUAGAAGACGGUGCGGAUGAGAGAACAGAUUUCAUUUGCGAUUCAGUCCCAGAGCAAGACGACUUAGACAGCUACACGUCUCAGUCGCUGUCAGCAGGAUCCGAAUCGACCAUCACCCUCUCUCACCCCAGCAGCAUGGAUAGCUUUGAGGAUGAGGCCGAGGCUGAGUUGUUCAGUGGCACGGACGCCCAGUACGGGGGCAACACGAGGCACAGGAGGCCCAGGACGCUGGCGUUGAUCAACCACGAGGGCCGACGGGCCACGCCGGAGGGAUGGGAGCUGGGCGGCGGGAACUGCAAGCUCGAGCCCUGUGGGUGGAGCAGCAGAGGGUCCGAUCCAAAGCACAAGGAGACCGAGUCCAUGAGCUCAUCGAGGAUACUCCACAAAGGGCUGGAGAGGCAGUCGUCGUCCGAUCGGGAAAUCAUUGCGGUCUGCAUCGGAGAUGAAAGUGUCCUGACCAUCAAAGAAGAGCAAGAGGACUGGUUCGGACUGCCGUCUCCAGCAGCAUCUGCCUUCUCUGGGACCACGGUCACACUGUCUCAUCCCAGCAGGUGGGUGAUGGUAACGGGCGCGCUGGGUGGGCACGUACUUGUGAUGGGUGUCAGG